UCUGCUACUCUUCAUCUCCCCUCCUCUUGUCUCACCAGCACUGUCUAAGCAGGCUCAAGAGGGUCAAGGCCGGCGCGACUUUUGGGAAAACAUGGUCGAGCACUUGUCUUCGCAGAGCGGCAACGCAGGGAGCGCUAGCACUAGCACAGGAUCAUCUCCUGUGAAGAGUGCUGCGUCGAAGGCCAAGGUGCCCACGCUCAGCGAUAUUGUCGCGCGAAUCAAGCCGUCGUCAGUGGCGGCGGUAGAUCUCCAUCCGGAAGAGAAGGAGAAUCAGAGGGAGGCCUCGACGUCUAAUGAUGGCCGCCCACAUCGACUCGGAACGACGGGCAGGUUGCAGACCUAUAGCGCGGUUUCCAACGAAGGUGAAGGCGAGAAGACCUCUCCCGCCGGCUCGACAGGGUCGAUGAUGAGCGCCAGCCGCGGCCGCGGAUCUACCGACCGUGGAAAGACACUGGCCUCGCUGCGCGAAAAGGCAGCGAGCAGAUCGCGUUCCACCUCACCCACAAAGCCCAGCUUCGUCUCGACGGGGAGCUCAAGCCAGUCGCCUUUGACGACGGCAAGCAGCAUUGCGACGACGCACUCGCAAGCAUCGUCUUCCUCAUCGGUCGGACACAAGGGCAUCCCCACCUUGCAGGACAUCCGAGAUCACAUGAGCAGCAAGAAGUCGUCGGCAUCUACCGCUUCUAUCUCUGCGACCUUGACAUCGGCAGAUGGCGAGACAAGGAAAGACCAUGGCCCUUUUCCCGUACCGGCCAAAUCCCCGUCCGAAUCACCCACUGAGGAGCAACGCAAGCAAACCUCACCGAAGGUGGAUGACAGUCCGAGAAAGGCCAUUGAAGCGGGCAGAAGUAACGCAAAGCUUGACCCAGCUGCUAAUGUCAAGGAGGCAGAGCCAAUUAAGAAGGAGGGUCACCCACUGCAGCACAAAUGGACCCUCUACUUCGACUCCAAAAGUUGGAACCCCUCCUCGACUGCAACCUCGUGGGAGGCGACACUCAAGAUGAUGGGCACGUACGAGACCGUCGAGUCAUUCAUGUCUAUCUUUCCCACAUUGCGCAGACCGUCGCAGAUGGAACGCAACUGCAACUACCACCUCUUCAAAGACGGCAUCAAACCGAUGUGGGAGGACAAAGCCAAUGCUCGUGGCGGCAAGUGGGUCUUGACGCUGAGGAAUGGCAACCAAGCCCUUUUGGAUCGCUCCUGGAUGUACCUUGUCCUCGGGCUGAUCGGCGAAGAGCUAGACGAGGCUGAUGACAUCACUGGCGCAGUCAUCAGUACCCGUCCCAAGGGCGACCGGAUCGCCGUCUGGUUGAGGGAAAAGCAUGAUGUGGCAAAGGUCAAUGGCAUCGGCAAGCGAUUUGUCCAGCUUCUAGAUAUCGACAGGGAGCCCGGCGUGUCUCUGGAAUUUGUUGCAAACGACAAGGGUGCCUCAUCAAAAAGGAGCAGGGCUCCUUCGGCUCUUCCUUCGUCUCCCACCGCUGCAUCUACCGUCACUCCUCCAUUGUCCUGGGACGACAACGAGACGAGCAGCAGCAAAUUGUCUUCUCCGAGCAAAUUCAUCUCCUUUGCCAACCCCCUGCCCCAUAUCCCUCACCCGCCGCCUCCAGCAACAGGCGCGAGCACCAGUCGGCCUCCGAGCAGCGACUCGAGCUUCGGCGGCUCGCCGAAGCUCUUCGGAAGCCCUCCUAAGCCAUUUGGCAGGCGUCCCUUCCAGGACCAACAGCGUCACACUGCCUCUCCGGCUGGCCAACAGCAGGGAUCUGGGGCUGGCGGAGGAGUUGGACUCAGCCUAGGAGGCCCCAUCGGUCGUACAACCAGUCCAGCACCGCCUUCUUUCCGUCGUCAGCCUUUGAAAGGUUGAUCUGCUCACCAUCCUUCUCGUUUGAUUUAGUCUGCUGGAGUAUUCCAAUCGUUUCUCCCUCCCGAACCGACACCUAUGUCCUCCCCUUCUCUCCUCUCACCUUGACGACCACCGGCCUCCACCAUUGCAUACUCUCCCAACGCCUCGUAUCGCUCACUCUCUCAUCUCUGUUCAUGAUUUCAAUCUGUCCGUCCAGCUCACAUCAAUCUAGUCUAGUCUGCGUGUCAUUAUGUUACACGAUCCAUUCAUUCAUGUCUGUCCCAAGACGAGCAUCGUUAUACAUG